AUGAAUCAACAAGAUCAAGCGGCAGGCCAGGGUACCAAGCGAAAGGCUGAUGACGAAGUGGUCGUGGAAAAGGCGCCAGUGAUCAAUCGCGAGGCAUUGGCCCAAUCCUACGCGCCCUACGUGCCGUAUGAGCACAGUGAGCAGCAGCAUGAGCAGCACUACCCACAGCAGUCCUACGGCGCACCGCAACCGUACUACGCCGGAGGAGGCUCCUACUCGUACCCGCCCCAACCCAUGUACGGCAGCAUGCCAACCAUUACCAUGGCCCCCCAGCCCUACUACCCCGCCCCUCCCUCAUCUGCGCCGCCCGUGGUGGUGCAAGUCGCGCCCCAGUCAGCCACAGCCGCCAAGAAGGCGCCCUCGGCAUCGACCAACAAGAUCGUCUACCGAAAGGCGGCGGGCAAGAGCUGGGAGGAUACCACCCUGGCCGACUGGCCCGAGAACGACUUCCGCAUCUUCGUGGGCGACAUCGGUAACGAGGUCAACGACGAAAUACUGAAGAGCGCCUUCGCCAAGUACCCUUCGUUCCAGCGGUCCAAGGUGGUGCGCGAUCCCAAGUCGCUCAAGACCAAGGGCUACGGCUUCGUCAGCUUCAGCGACGCGCGCGACUACGUCAAGGCCCUCCGCGAGAUGAACGGCAAGUACAUCGGCAACCGGCCAGUCAAGCUGCGCAAGUCGACGUGGAAACAGUAUACGGACGAGGAAAAGGCCCAAUCGGUGCUGCAAAAGCAGCAGGAGCAGCAGAACAAGGCCAAGGGCAAGGGCCAGCAGGCGCAGAAGAAGCGAAGGGUGUGA